CAAUCAGAAGAAAUUGCGGGUUGUGACUUGUGAAGGCCAAUGAACGUCAUCUUUGGAUUAAAGUGAUAUAAACAUUUCCGAUGAACUUCACACAAGAUGACUAAGUGGAAAUACUCCAAACUGACCACGUUUGUCCUUGUGGUUCUCUGGACAACGGUGGGCAUCGAUGCAUACAGAAAUGUACAACCGGAUGUCGGAACAUUCCAACGAGACAGUGUGGAAGCAAUUCCAGUACGAGCGUUAGAAAAAACAGCGGCCUACACCGAGGAAGAAGUUUUCGGAACCAAGUCGCUACCUUUGAGGAGUGCCGUUGAAAGUACCCCUGCGGAAUUAGUUGACGAACACCUACCGCUCAGAGAUGCUGUGGAGUUUCGCAUUCUGGACCCAAUGCAAUUGAACGAUGCAGUUGAGGACAUCGUCAGCGAUGUGAAGUCAUUAUUCACACAGCAAAAUCAAGAAUUGAAUUCCGGUGAAAUAACUAGCUUCAAAGCUCCACCCGAUUCAAUCCCUCAUAAUAGAUAUGGAGCGUUUUCAUUCCCCACCCAGUAUGACACUAAAAAUCCUCAACCAUUUCGAUUCGGUUCUCCGUACCAACAGUUGAUAGAUGCAAGUUCCUUGGACAAAUUACCCGUAGUAGAGUAUAAUCAGGCUCCGGCAAUUUCGCGCCUCAAGGUGGCUCCAGAGGAUCAAAAAGUGGUAUGCCACAUGACCAAUUGGGCUUACUACAGGAAAGAUAAAGCACAAUUUGUACCGGAGCAUAUCGACAAUCAGCUCUGUACGCACAUUGUGUAUGCCUUUGCAACACUAGAUCCAGAAAGUUUGCUUAUGAGGGAAUUUGACCCCUGGGCGGAUAUCGAUAAUGAUAUGUAUCGGCGUGCUGUUCGUGCCGGUGGGUCGGAUGUUCCCGUACUGUUGGGUAUUGGCGGAUGGACCGAUUCGGUUGGUGAUAAGUAUACUUCAAUGGUUGGUUCUUCUCAGAGACGCAAAACCUUCAUUCAAAAUGCAAUAAUUUUCCUUAAAACUUAUGGAUUUUCCGGGUUGCAUUUUGAUUGGAACUAUCCAGUUUGUUGGCAGAGUGAUUGUUCUAAGGGACCGUCCAGUGAUAAACCGAAUCUUACUAAGUUUAUGAUGGAAUUGCAAAAGGAACUGUCGCGUGAAGGACUACUAGUAAGCAUGAGCGUAUCCGGCUAUAAAGAAGUUAUUACGGAGGCCUAUGAGAUUGCUAAACUAUCCAAUUAUGUAGAGUUCAUAACUGUCAUGUCUUAUGACUAUCAUGGAUCAUGGGAAACACAGACUGGCCAUGUUAGUCCUCUAUACGGAAACUCUGGAGAUAAAUAUCCUCAGUAUAACGUCGACUACACAAUGCAGCUAUUAGCCAAAAUGGGUGCACAGAAAGAUAAAUUACUUAUGGGAGUUCCAUUGUAUGGCCAGAGCUUCACCUUAACGCGAAGUAGGGAUCGGAAUGAAAUAGCCGGAUUCGGAACGCCUUCAUCAGGUCCGGGUAAUGCUGGUGAAGAUACCAAACAGCCAGGUAUGCUAGCAUAUUUCGAAAUAUGUCAAAGAGUUCGGAAACAGAAAUGGCAGGUUGGUAGAGAUUCUGAAAAGAAAGUCGGGCCUUACGCUACGUAUAAGGAUCAAUGGGUCGGAUACGAUGAUCCAGUCUCUGUAGCUACCAAAGCAAAUUACGUGAUGAAAGGUGGAUACGGAGGCAUUUCGGUUUGGACGAUAGAUCUUGACGAUUUCCAAAAUCUUUGUUGUGAAGAGAGAUACCCUGUGCUAAGUGCCAUCAACCGAGUGUUUGGUAGACUUAGAACUCCACAACCGACAGUGGGCGAUUGUACACGGCCACCAACACCAGUAACUCCUCCGCCAGCUGAACUAACAACUGGCGUUGAUAGCGGAGGUGCUCCAACAACAUCGGCCACUACAUGGCCGUCAUGGCAAGAACCAACUACUACUAAACGAAGUACUACCACUACUCAAACUACUACCACCACCACGACUACUACCACCUCUACCACUGAAAGACCGACCACAACAACUCGCCGAACGACUACACAGAGACCAACGACACCAACAACCACGAGAAGAACUACUACUACGACAACUACCACCUUUGUUCCUCCGACUUCGACGGUUGGAACAACUAUUCCAGCUCCAGGAUUGGUUCAACCUGAUUUAUCCGAGGGAGAACCGUGUGAACCACACCAGUACAAAGCGCAUCCGCACAGCUGCAAUUCAUACUAUCGUUGUGUUUAUGGAGAACUACGCCAGCAGUAUUGCGCCGGAGGUCUUCACUGGAAUGAGGCAGCCAUGUUGUGUGACUGGCCAGCAUCGGCAAAAUGUACUAGAGAUACGACUGCCGCGUCACCACCAGAAGUCACAACGACUACUCGAGCCCCAACAACUACUCGACCUCCAACAACUACGCGAGCCCCAACAACUACCAGAGCUCCUACAACUACUCGAGCCCCAACCACAACAACUCGCCGUAGAGCAACCCGGCCUACGACAACCGCAACUAGGUGGACAACAAUGCGACCGCAAGCAACUUCUACGCCUCCCACGAAAAAGCCAUCUUUUACUACUCAACCAACGAAAAAACCAACCACAAAGAAGCCUUUGCAAAAGCCUACCGAGAAAUGUAUCAAUGGCGAAUAUUAUCCGCACAAAAGUUGCGAUAGUUUUUACAUUUGUGUUAAUGAGAAAAAGAUAGCGCAACAAUGUGGUCCCGGUUUGUUCUGGAAUCAGGAUGACAAGAGCUGCGAUUGGGAAGAAAAUGUUAAUUGCGUUAGUCGUUCGCAAUACUACAAACUGCUUGCAAUGUUUACCAAAUCUGCAGCACUCAAAGUGCUCUCUGAGAAUGAUCCAUGCGAUGAUAAUGCAUUUGUACCUUAUCCAGGAGACUGCACGCAAUACCUGAUAUGCAAUUGGGGACGGCUUGAACCGGCAAGUUGCGCUGAGGGCCUGCAUUGGAACCAAGAACGGAUGAUUUGUGAUUGGCCCAUAAAUGCUAAAUGUAAUGAAAAUCCAACUGGUCAGAGUACCGAGAAUAGCUCAGAGGAAGAAGGGGAAAGUCUACAGGAAAUCGAUCAAGAGAUCAUCCGGCCGUCUAAGAAGCCAACCACCACAAAGACUACUACCACUACUACAACCACUACGACGACUACGACCGAGAUGCCCAUACUGAAGCCAUUCUCCGGUCACUACAAAAUGGUUUGUUACUUCACCAAUUGGGCUUGGUAUCGCAAGGGAUACGGCAGGUAUACUCCGGAUCACAUAAGAACCGAUUUGUGUACGCAUAUAGUGUAUGGAUUUGCGGUUUUGAAUUAUUCAGGGUUAACUAUCAAAACGCAUGACUCUUGGGCUGAUAUUGAUAACAAGUUCUACACUAGGGUUGUUGCAGCCAAAGAGAAAGGUGUGAAGGUAACACUGGCUAUCGGUGGGUGGAACGACUCAGCUGGGGACAAAUACAGUCGCCUAGUGCGGAGUGCAGAUGCACGAGCCAAGUUCAUCGAACACGUCAUAGCCUUCCUGGAGAAGUACGGUUUCGAAGGCUUAGAUCUUGACUGGGAGUAUCCCGUUUGCUGGCAGGUGGACUGCAAAAAGGGGUUUGCCGACGAAAAGGAGGGCUUCGCAAGUCUGGUGCGCGAACUUUCCGAAGCAUUCAAACCAAGAGGAUUGUUACUGUCGGCCGCUGUGUCCCCCAGUAAGACCGUCAUUGAUGCUGGCUAUGACGUACCGAAGCUGGCAAAAUACUUCGACUGGAUUGCUGUUAUGACCUACGAUUUCCACGGUCAGUGGGACAAGAAAACCGGACAUGUUGCCCCUCUGUACUACCAUCCGCAGGAUGAAAUCGAUUUCUUCAAUUCGAACUUUUCCAUUAACUAUUGGAUUCAAAAGGGAGCACCCCCGAGAAAGUUAGUAAUGGGAAUGCCUCUCUAUGGGCAAUCUUUUGCCUUGGCUGAUACGAAGAACAAUGGCUUGAAUUCGAAGGCUCCUGGCCCUGGACAAGCUGGAGAAUUUACGCGAGCAGCAGGUUUCCUGGCCUACUAUGAGAUAUGCGAUCGCAUUCAAAACAAAGAAUGGACGGUGGUGCAAGACGACUUGAAACGAAUGGGACCGUAUGCUUUCAAGGGCAAUCAAUGGGUGUCGUUCGACGAUAAGGAAUCUUUACUCCGAAAGGUAAGCUUCAUUCGUGCAAUGGAUCUUGGCGGCGGUAUGAUCUGGGCGUUGGAUCUGGACGAUUUCAAAAAUCGUUGUGGACAAGGACACCACCCAUUGUUGACUGCCAUUCGCGAGGGGCUUCGCGAUCCUCCGAGCAACCAUGAAGCGAUGCCACCUAUCGUGACCGAACCAGUCACUCCGGAAGAAACACAUGAAACGGCAAAUCCAAAUAGUAUACAGAUCAGUAGCAGCUCGGGCCACGAUCACCACCACGGAUCAACAAACUCGGUGGAUCAGGAUGAGAAUGCAAUUGAGCUUGAUUAUGACUACAAAGUUGUAUGCUACUUUACCAACUGGGCCUGGUACCGUCAGGGUAAUGGAAAGUUUGUCCCGGAAGAUAUUGACCCAGAGUUGUGUACACAUAUCGUGUAUGGCUUCGCCGUAUUGGAUCGUGAGAACCUUGUUAUCAAACCGCACGAUUCCUGGGCCGAUAUUGACAAUCGAUUCUAUGAACGAGUCGUAGCAUGGAAAAAGAAAGGCAAGAAGGUAACAGUGGCUAUCGGAGGGUGGAAUGAUUCGGCUGGAGAUAAAUACAGUCGGUUGGUACGGAAUCCUACUGCGAGGAAGAAAUUCAUUACCAAUGUUAUGGCGUUCAUAGAGAAAUACGGAUUCGAUGGCUUAGAUCUAGAUUGGGAAUAUCCUGUUUGCUGGCAAGUUGAUUGCACGAAAGGUUUUCCGGAAGAAAAGGAGGACUUUGCCAGUUUGGUAAUGGAGCUCUCCGCAAUGUUCAAGUCUAAGGGAUUGCUUCUCUCUUCUGCUGUAUCGCCUAGUAAAAAAGUCAUCGACGCAGGUUACCAGGUGGCCACACUUUCUGAGUACAUGGACUGGGUAGCGGUAAUGGCCUAUGAUUAUCAUGGUCAGUGGGAUAAACAAACUGGACAUGUUGCACCAAUGUACGAACAUCCUGACGAUUUCGACAAAACAUUUAAUGCAAAUUUUACCAUUCACUACUGGAUACAACAAGGAGCGGAUCCUCGCAAACUAGUAAUGGGAAUGCCUAUGUAUGGGCAGUCGUUUUCUCUGGCUGAUAAAAAGGAUCACGGGCUCAACGCAAAGACUUAUGGAGGAGGAGAAGCUGGACCGUACACCAGAGCUAGAGGAUUCCUUGCAUACUACGAGAUUUGUGCUAAUAUUAUUGACAAGAAGUGGACAGUAGUACGCGAUCGCAAAGGUCGGAUGGGUCCAUACGCCUACAAAGGCGAUCAGUGGGUGUCGUUCGAUGACCAAUUCAUGAUUCGUCAUAAAAGUGAAUACGUUAAAGCUAUGGGUCUUGGCGGUGCGAUGAUAUGGGCUCUUGAUCUCGACGAUUUCCGAAAUACUUGUAAUUGUGAAGAAUAUACUUUACUGCGAACAAUUAAUAGAGUGCUACGAAAUUAUCCUGGACCUGGUCCUAGAUGUAUUCUCGAUUCAGAAUCGCGGCCGUCGCAUGAUACUGCGAAACCAACUACCACCACUAGAACUACUACCACUAGAACGACCACUACUACCAGGAAACCUACGACAACAACUACGCAACGCACAACUUCCACGACUACUUCGAGAAGACCCACAAGUACUUCGAGGCGAAAAACUUCACCAAAACCAAUUUCCACAACCACUGAGUCUUCCGAUUACGAUGAAGAACAGAACGAAGUUAGUGACCCUCAGACGUGUACAGCCGAUCGACUCUUCGUACCACACGAAAGCGACUGCCAGAAAUACUAUAUUUGCCAGUAUGGAAAACUAUAUGAACAAACUUGCCCUGGUGGACUUUACUGGAGUGGCGAUUUUUGCGAUUGGCCACAGAACACCAAGUGUCAAAGUAAGCAACCCGAAUCAGCUCCCACCACGAAAAAACCCAGCUAUACGACUACGCAGCGAUCUACUUCUACAACAAGAGCACCUACAAGACGAACGACGACAACGACCAUGGCACCAAAACGAACGACACCGAGAACAAGUACAGUCUGGUGGUCUCCAGAAACGACAACCACUAAACGACCCACUAGACCCCCGACGGAAUCAGAACUAACCGGUAGGAAUGACUACAAAGUAGUGUGUUACUUUACGAACUGGGCCUGGUAUCGACAAGGAGAUGGAAAGUACACACCGGAUGACAUCGAUGAUAAUCUGUGUACUCACAUUGUUUACGGGUUCGCUGUUUUAGAUCGGGAAAGCUUGACUAUCAAGACGCAUGACUCAUGGGCUGAUAUUGAUAAUCGGUUCUAUGAACGGGUGGUUGAGCAUAAGCGUAAUGGACUAAAGGUAACGCUUGCUCUAGGUGGAUGGAAUGACUCUCUCGGUGAUAAAUACAGUAAGCUUGUUCGAAAUCCAUCGGCCCGGGCGAGGUUCGUGAAACAGGCGGUUGAAUUUAUAGAAAAGUAUGAUUUCGACGGACUUGAUUUGGACUGGGAAUAUCCAGUCUGCUGGCAGGUUGAUUGUAAGAAAGGAUUUGCGGAUGAGAAGGAAGGAUUUGCGGAUUUGGUAAAGGAACUGGCAGUUGAGUUUAGGCCAAGGAAGUGGCUUCUCUCGGCAGCUGUAUCACCCAGUAAAAUGGUUAUCGACGCAGGUUAUGACGUUCCUGUUUUGGCAGAAUAUUUUGAUUGGAUUGCCGUAAUGACAUAUGAUUUCCAUGGAAACUGGGAUAAACAGACCGGUCAUGUUGCGCCAUUGUACUACUAUCCGGGCGAUACUAACGAAUAUUUCAAUGCGAACUAUACCAUCAACUAUUGGAUUGAGAACGGGGCUCCGCCGGGGAAAUUGGUUAUGGGCAUGCCGUUAUAUGGCCAAUCAUUUUCAUUAGCGGAUACUUCUCGAAACGGUUUGAACGAAAAAUCGUACGGUCCAGGUGAAGCUGGCCAAUUCACUCGUGCCGGUGGAUUCCUCGCAUAUUACGAAAUCUGCGAUAAGGUUAACCGAGAUGGAUGGACUGUGCAACGGGAUGAAAAAGGAAGAAUUGGCCCGUAUGCCUAUCGUGGAAGUCAAUGGGUCUCCUACGAUGAUGUAGAGGAGAUCCGAAGAAAGACUCAAUAUCUGAAACGUAUGAAUCUCGGCGGUGGAAUGAUUUGGGCCUUGGAUUUGGACGACUUUAGAGGUCGCUGUGGGUGCGGCAGACAUCCGUUGCUUAGGACCAUGAACCAAGAACUGGGUCGAAUUACUACUAAACGCCCGGAAAAUUGUACCUAA